GACCCUCCUAAAUAAAAAUAUUUAAGAUUAAGGUUUGGAGUCUUUAUUUUCCUUUUCUUCUCUUUUAGGGAAUACGUAGAAACCAGAGUUAAGGAUUCAAAUUGAAUUUAGCAGUAAUUCCAGUUAGCCAAAGAUAAAAAGAAAGAAAGAAAAAAGUGAUAAGAGCGGAAAAUAGUAGGCGAGGGUUUUCCGUUUUGGCGGGAAUCAUUGGGUGAUAAAUCCCCAAAUUGACAAUCUAUUAUCUGAGUCUGCAGUAGUGCAAAGAAAUAAGAAACCCUAGCCCGCCCCUAACCGCUGGAGAGAGAGAGAGAGACGGAGAAUGGGAAAAGAUGAAGAAGAAAUGAGAGGGGAGAUAGAGGAGAGACUGAUUAACGAAGAAUACAAAAUAUGGAAAAAGAACACGCCAUUUCUAUACGAUCUGGUGAUAACUCAUGCCCUCGAGUGGCCUUCCCUCACUGUCGAAUGGCUGCCAGACCGCGAGGAGCCUCCUGAUAAGGAUUACUCCGUCCAGAAGAUGAUCCUUGGGACUCACACCUCCGAGAACGAGCCUAACUACCUUAUGCUGGCCCAGGUCCAGCUUCCCCUCGAUGAUGCCGAGAAUGACGCCCGCCACUACGACGACGAUCGCUCCGAUAUGGGUGGGUUUGGAGCAGCCAACGGCAAAGUCCAAAUCAUUCAGCAAAUCAAUCACGAUGGCGAGGUCAACAGGGCUCGUUACAUGCCCCAAAACCCUUUCAUCAUUGCCACAAAGACCGUCAGUGCAGAAGUCUAUCUCUUUGACUACAGCAAGCACCCUUCAAAGCCCCCUCUGGACGGCGCUUGUUCUCCCGAUUUGCGGUUGAGAGGCCACAGCACUGAAGGAUACGGAUUGUCCUGGAGUAAGUUUAAACAAGGUCACUUGCUUAGCGGUUCUGAUGAUGCUCAAAUAUGCUUAUGGGACAUCAAUUCUACUCCUAAAAACAAGUCCCUUGAUGCUUUCCAAAUCUUUAAGGUUCAUGAAGGCGUUGUUGAAGAUGUUGCCUGGCAUCUCAGGCACGAAUACUUAUUUGGCUCUGUUGGGGAUGAUCAAUACCUCCUCAUAUGGGAUCUCCGCACUCCUUCUGUCUCCAAACCUGUCCAAUCUGUUGUUGCUCACCAGAGUGAGGUUAAUUGCUUGGCUUUUAAUCCUUUCAAUGAAUGGGUUGUGGCCACGGGAUCUACAGAUAAAACUGUCAAGUUGUUUGAUAUACGGAAGAUCAAUACAGCACUUCACACAUUUGAUUGCCACAAGGAGGAGGUUUUCCAAGUUGGGUGGAACCCCAAAAAUGAAACUAUUUUAGCUUCUUGUUGCCUUGGCAGAAGGCUCAUGGUGUGGGAUCUUAGCAGGAUCGAUGAAGAACAGACACCUGAGGAUGCUGAAGAUGGUCCUCCAGAGUUGCUUUUUAUUCAUGGUGGUCACACAAGUAAAAUAUCGGAUUUUUCGUGGAAUCCUUGUGAGGACUGGGUUAUUGCAAGUGUAGCUGAAGAUAACAUACUUCAGAUAUGGCAGAUGGCAGAGAAUAUCUACCAUGAUGAAGAUGACAUACCUGGGGAUGAAUCCAAUAAAGGGUCCUAGUUUUUUUCCUUCUCUUUUCUUUUUUUCUUUUGAUUUCUUUUCCCCAAGCUAAGGCCUAGAGAGCUUGGGGAGACGUGAGAUUGGGGGCGUUUCAGAAGAUGAAGAAAAAAUUUAGGAAAUCUUCAUUGUUCCUUUUUGUUUUUAGGUCUGCCUCUAAUAUUCUGCUGGCUCUCUGUUUAGCUCUAUGGAAGCCUUUGGUUGAUUCUUGGGCCUAACUGAAAGUGUUACGGCGCAUGCAUAAUAUUUUAAAGCAGAACUUUGUUUUGUAUCUGUAAUUGUACUUUGCUUGAGCAAUGACAUAACUGCAACUUGAUUAGA